AAGGUGUUUUUUGCAGAAACGUUUCAGAUUUCGUUCCGUUCUCCGGCUUCGUCUUAAUCUCUCGGGGCGAGCUUGUGGCACCCGUGGACACACACAGACAGUGUGGCGAGCGUAGAUAAGCCCCCUUAUGAGGUGAAAACCCUUCCCUGUCCCGCAGUAUCCGCUCCAAGCAGGAAUAAGUGAUGUCACGGCUGUUCUUCCUGUUGGCAUUGCUUAUUUUCUCCUGCAGCAUCCAGGUGUCUCCCACCGCUACUCUGGAUAAGCUAAAGGAGAAUUGGACACUGUACAUGGAGGAGUGUGAUCGCAACAACAGCCGAGACCCACCAACCAUUGGCCCUGUGUGCAACAGGACUUUUGACAAUUAUGCAUGUUGGCCUGAUGGACUCCCCAACACCACAGUCAGCGUGUCAUGUCCAUGGUAUCUGCCGUGGUACCAUAAAGUUAAGCAUGGCAUGGUGUAUCAAGAAUGUGAUGCAAACGGCCAGUGGGUGACUACUAAGAAUACCAGCGAGUGUGACUCCAUCGAUGCAAGUCUGCAGUACUAUGGCCAUAUUCGAAUCAUGUACACAGUGGGUUAUUCCUUAUCUCUGGUGGCUUUGGUGUUGGCGCUUGGCAUCCUCAUAUUCUUCAGGAAGCUUCAUUGCAUGAGGAACAACAUCCACAUGAAUCUGUUUGCCUCCUUCAUCCUGCGAGCUCUGUCCAUCCUCAUCAAAGAUGCUCUGUUGGAGGCCAACAACACAUCACAUGACCUUAGUAGAGACCAGGAACAAGGAUUUCCCGAGGCAUCCAUGCCUCCUGUGGAGCUGCUGGUCAACAAUGAGAUGACCAUCAGCUGCAGAAUUGCCGUCGUGAUGAUGCAGUACAGUAUUAUGGCUAACAGCUACUGGCUGCUGGUGGAAGGCAUCUACCUCCACAACCUCCUGGUCAUAACUGUGUUUACAGAGAGGAACUACUUUAAAAUCUACCUGUGCAUCGGCUGGGGUGCCCCGCUAAUAUUCCUUGUGCCCUGGGUUGUAGCUAAAUACCUGUAUGAAAACCAGGAGUGCUGGGAGCGAAAUCUGAACAUGAAUUAUUGGUGGAUAAUCCGUUCUCCGAUACUGCUGGCAGUUGUGAUCAACUUUCUUAUCUUUAUCCAUAUCAUCAAAAUUCUUGUGUCCAAACUUCGAGCUCAUCAAAUGAGAUAUACAGAUUACAAAUUUAGGUUGGCUAAGUCAACCUUAACCCUGAUUCCUCUGCUGGGUAUCCAUCAGGUGGUCUUCAUCUUUGUGACAGACGAGUCCACCAAGGCAACCAUUGGCCUACGUCUCACAAAGCUCUUCAUUGACCUCUUCUUCUCCUCCUUCCAGGGUCUCUUGGUGGCCAUCUUGUACUGCUUUGUCAACAAAGAAGUUCAGUCUGAGAUCUUGAAGAAGUGGAAGCGCUGGAAGCUAGGGAGAAACAUUGAGGAGGAAUACCGACACACCUACAGCAAUACACCUAACACAAAGACAGGAAGCCUGCUGAACCAUGUUUCCCGGCUGCCUCAUCUGCCAGACAUCGCCAAGAGCUCGACCCCGGUCUGCAGCCCGGAGGAGACGCUCAUGCUUGUGGCUGGAUGCCACAAUGGUAUGCUAGACAGCAAGGGGGAAAGCAAGUGUGGGAGUGAGGGAACCAUCAGUAACUGCACCCUGGUGGAGGACAUCAGCCUCACAGAGAAGGUGCAGGGCCAUCAGGCUCCAGGAGAGAACGAGGAGAGCGAUCUGUGAAAUGUGCUGGGAAUUACAAAAUAAUGAAAGAAGUCGGAGGGCCUUGAGCGCUCGUCUGGCUCUGACGUACUGCCCUGGGUGGCUGUGAAGAGAUGGGCUGAUAGAGUCAUCUGUCAGAGAUCGGUGCCACUGGAAGACACUCAGCCCCCUUUACAGCCUGAAAACGGAGAAUGAUUCAGCAGACACCCACGCUGAGGUGUCAUAUGUGCUGUGAGCCUUGUGAAUGGAUUUCUGUAGAUGUUUGUCAAAUGGUGAAAAAGAACAUGCUGCAUGUUGGACAAUACAACAACAGCAACUUGAGGAAGAUAAAACAUGUAAAAUAAUAAGAGAAAACCCUACAACCUCAAAAAGCAACAGAAACAAAAAAGACACAGGGUCCUUGCUCAAGCUUCUGCUUUAAUUUGUGUUGUGUAUUAAAUGUAUUUGUGUGGUACGGGAGGUAAGAAGCAAAUUGGACAUUGAACUGCAUACAAAAAAAGGCCAAACAAGUGAAACAAAAAAACAUGCAAGGGAAGAGAUAUUUUUUUCUGCUGUGUUCUGAUAUGUGUAAAUAGUUUCUUGUCUGACUUUUUUGAAAAUGUAGAAAACAAAGAAACGUUCUGUUACCUUAUAAAGUAAGGUGACCACAGUGUUGUUCAAACAGCCCCAUCCAGGGUUUAAUGGAAAUUGGCAGCUGUUCUCAUUCGGACAUUCCAAAUAGACUCUUAAAAGAGGUCAACAGAUGGUUUGGGAUGAAUUAUGAGUAAGCUAAAAUGAUCAGCACUUGACUCACUUACAGAAAGUGUUUAAAAAUGUAGAUCAAUCAUUUUAUAUGCUCCUAACCCAUGGGUACUGCCGAGGGCCACAGACAAACAUGCCAGAUGUGUGUUCAAGGGAACUGAUGUAAUUCUGCUGCGCAUUACUAACACAUCGAUGCACAAGUAUGUAGUGCUCACGUCCGCGUCGACCACUGCUGCAUAGGGUCAACACAGAAGUAUAAACCAGCCUUAAGUUAAGUAAAAGCUUUGGUUAGCAGGAGGGGUGUGAGGCUUCUGUGCAGAUAUUGGCUCCAAAAUACGUCACCAAUAUGUUAACCUACAUCAAGGCAGUAUUUUGUCUUCAUUUUGUUUUACCAUGGGGGGAAAUGGAGGCGUGCUUUUCUUAUUAAUACACCGUCAAGAAUAAGUUGUAUGAAUCAUAUGCAGAGGAUUCAUGCCAUACAGUGCCAGCACAAAGGUGGAUCCUAUGUGUGAGCCCUGGGGCAUGUGCCAAUGACUGCAUCUUACUCUGCAGACAGUGUGUAAUCAUUUGCCUAUUCCUGCAUCUGCAGGGGCUGUAGUGUGGAUACUGAGAACAAAACUCUGAACCAGAAAACCAGAACAACACCUUCCAAAUAAACAUUCAAGUGACAAUUAAAGCUGAAUUAGCGAUUAGCUUCUGAGCGAGCACAAAAAAGGAAGCCUCCCACAGAGCUUUCAUUCAUCUUUAGGUUGCUAAACAGAACUAAAUCAACUUGACUGUAUAUGUUUUACUAUUUUCACAAUGUUAAUUUAUAAUUGGUACUGUCUCUGUGUAUAUAUUUGUUGAUAUAGGUGAUUUAUUUGAUUUCUGUCAAUAUAUUUCAUGGCAUGUAUGUACAAGUGUAUUUUCAGGUGGGUAUGAAUGUGCGUGUUUUCAGUAUUCCAGAUAUGUAGAUGUGUUACAGUAGGAUGAGUUGAUGGUUUGGUUGAUAUAAAGCAGUAUAAAUGGCUUCACAGGGAGCACAGAGGUCAGAGGUAAUCAUGAACCAGCCUCAUUCUUACAUGUACAGUAUUUCAACACAUGACGUUUCUAGAAGUCAUGCCGAUGUGAGGCACAAGGAGGACGCAGCUCCGUGGUUGAUAAUGGGAGCUUUUCUUAACAUGAUUCCCCAGUGUCAUUUUGUAGAUCAACGCUAAAUUAGAGCACAACAGCCACAUGUUUUCCACUCAGAUAAUAGCUCUGGGUCUUUACACGUCAGCCAGGUGCAGGUAUUGAGUCUAUGUAAAAUAAAUUGCAGGCGGGGGCUAUUUUCCAUCAUCGACUGCUGAGGAUUGUAAUAGAGCAGGUAGAUACCCAAUGCUCAGAAUUGGGUUGGGACUACAGGACACAAACACACACACACACACACACACUGUGGCUGCUGAUGUACAGAGGUAAAAAAAAAAUUUUUUCAAGACCUGGAUAAAUGUUUGGAAAUAGUAACAAAAGGAUGUCCUACACCUUGAGGUCAAUGGUAUUCAGUCACAUUUGUAAGUUUGCUUUAUUCAUAUAAAAUAAUUUUUUUUCCCAAGUUGUGAUCAUAGCUAUGUUUGUUUUGAAGCCAGCAGCUUGGGUCACUCCCCUCUCUGGACCAAAGUGGUUCUGUCUGAAUGUAUUCUCUAGGAGGCCCAAAUCCAUAUAUUCUUUUUUAUUCUCUCUUGAAGUGGUCAUGUACAGUCAUGUAAUAUUUGCUGUGAGGAACCAAUCAGUAAAAUCGGACUGUGUUCAGGUGUAUACAGUUUAUCAUAUAUUGUGUGUGCAUAUCAAACUUUGUCAAAAUGGUGAAAGAAUAAACUGCAAUGUAAGUGAAACAGGACUCCAA